CUCUCAGCAUCCAGCAGCUGCGCCCCUUUCCUGACGCUGAGCGAAGCCUCCCAUACAGAUGAGCGCUGGAAGCCACGCACCUCUUGACGUAGCCACAGACCGGUUGCGGUGCCACUCGGUCUCCGUAGCACGUAUUGCGCAACGUGACUGAUGCACAACUGACUCCACGGUGGGCACAUCCGGCUCCCACCGUCGCGUGAAUUCAUCAGAAAGUGGUCGCAUUACGCCGAGACAACAGCAGGCAUCGCCGAGGUGCUGUAGAGAAGCCAUCCGGACUGGACCCUCCCCUAGUCAUAGCCACCGGCAGGGAUGAGUCGAGCGCGCGGCGUCGGGCUGCAGUAGUGCUGUGACUGUGUGAGCGCACGAGCCGACACUGUAAGUAGCGGCAACAGCAGCAGCUUGACGGCCGUCUAGAAGGUGAAAACAGUGAGAAUUUGACAGUGCGAGUGUUUUUUUGUGUGAAGCAGAGGUGAUGGCUUCGUUUGACAGCACGCAGUCAACGCAGCAGCCUCCACGGAGCGAGCCGUGACCACCCGCCGGAUUUGAGGAGCUAUGUCCGUGGGUACCGAGCCUCCGUUUGCCUGUAGUCGACAGCAUCAGUGUGCCCCCUUGGUUUGGUGCCUCGGGGGUCUUCGCUAAAGUCCAGGGACACACGGUAGCCUACCAGCGGAGCGCACCCACCUGGAGUCGAGGAGAGGUUGCUGUUUGUUCCAAGGCCGGGCUCUCUGAAGCCCACUCCCCGCGCCUGCCUGCCUGCUUCCCCGCAUCCUCCGCGUUCUGUCUACACGGCAGUGGACAUCAAAACAAUCACUACAUGAGCCUGUUUGCCUCCCGCGGCCAUACAUACCUUUACUGCUAAUACUCAGACUACAUUAAUCGACGGGUGUGGACCGGAGCAGUGCUGUGUCUAUGCGCAUCAGUUACACCGCCCCGGAAAGGACUUCUUGCCAUUGAGAGCUGGAUAUGCAGAGAUUAACGUGAGAGGAUGGAUCUAAUUAUCUGUGUUUUUGGGCUGCUGGCGCUGGUCGUGGAGGACAUCCGUUGCCAAGGAGUAUACGCACCUCCGACCGUCCGCAUCAUACACUCGGGGCAUGCCUGUAACGUUGAGGAGGAGAGGCACACGGAGAGAGUCUACACCAUCCGAGAGGGAGAGACCCUGGAGCUCACCUGUCUGGUGACGGGGCAUCCUCGACCACAGAUCCGAUGGACCAAGACAGCAGGCAGUGUGUCGGACCGCUUCCAGGACUCCAGUGUGUUCAACGAGACAUUGCACAUUGCAAAGAUCCUGAGGACCCAGGGAGGUCGCUACUACUGCAAGGCUGAAAACGGCCUCGGAUCCCCUGCCAUCAAGUCCAUCAGGGUGGACGUCUACUACCUUGAUGACCCGGUGGUGACGGUGCACCAGAGUAUAGGAGAAGCCAAGGAACAGUUCUACUACGAGAGGACUGUGUUUCUACGCUGCGUUGCCAAUUCCAACCCGCCUGUCCGCUACAGCUGGCAUCGGGGGAGAGAGGUCCUCACGCAGGGCUCAGACAAGGGAGUGGAGAUCUAUGAGCCCUUUUUCACUCAGGGGGAAACGAAGAUUUUGAAGCUGAAGAACCUGCGCCCUCAGGACUACGCCAACUACAGCUGCAUCGCCUCCGUCAGAAAUGUGUGUGGGAUCCCUGACCGCAGUGUUAUCUUCAGACUCACCAAUAAGACAGCCUCCCCAUCGAUCAAGCUGUUGGUGGAGGAUCCAAUUGUGGUGAAUCCUGGCCAGACGGUCUCCUUGGUGUGCAUCACCACAGGUGGAGAGCCUACUCCCCUGCUCACCUGGGUCAGCACUAAUGACAGCCUGCCACAAAGGAGCGUGGUGAAAGGGGGCACGCUCACACUUCCAGCCAUCACCUCAGAUGAGGCGGGGGUCUACAGCUGCGUGGCCAGCAACAAUGUCGGAAACCCGGCCAAGAAGUCCACCACCAUUGUGGUGCGAGCUUUGAAAAAGGGGCGAUUCUGGAUCACUCCUGACCCCUACCACAAUGACGACAACAUCCAGAUUGGACGUGAAGUCAAGAUAUCUUGUCAGGUGGAGGCGACCCCACCAGAGGAGCUGACUUUUAGCUGGCUGAAGAAUGGCCGCGCCCUGCGGAGCUCAGAGCGUAUGGUCAUCACCCAGACGGACCCUGACAUCUCCCCCGGGACCACCAACCUGGACAUCAUAGACCUCAAGUUUACAGAUUUUGGCACGUACACCUGCGUGGCUGCGCUGAAGGGAGGAGGCAUCCCUGAUAUCAGCAUUGAUGUCAACAUCUCUUCCACUACUGUCCCUACUCUGUUUUUCUCUUUCUUAGUUCCCCCCAACCUGACAGUCCCUCGGGGCAAGUCCCCCCUGGUGGCCCGCGAGGGUGACACAGUGGAGCUGGAGUGCCUUGUUUCAGGGAAGCCCAAGCCCAUCAUCCUGUGGUCGCGAGCCGAUAAGGAGGCACCAAUGCCGGACGGCAGCAUGCAGAUGGAGAGCUACGACGGUGUGCUGCGUAUUGUUAAUGUGUCCAGGGAGAUGACGGGCUCGUACCGCUGCCAGACCAGCCAGUAUAACGGGUUCAACGUGAAGCCCCGGGAGGCCGUGGUGGAGCUGAUCGUACAAUACCCUCCAACGGUGGAGCCGGUUUACAUGGAGAUGCGUCAGGGCCUGGGGAGGUCUGUUGUGAUGUCCUGCAGGGUCCUGCGAGCCCACCCUUCCCGCGUGCUGCGAUUCGAGUGGCUCCUAUCAAACCGGCUGCUCCACGCCGGAGCCUUUGAUGCCCAAAGAGACGAGACAGAUUAUACCAUCCGCAGCCUUAAUCGAGAUGGCUGGGGGGAGUACACCUGUAACGUCAUCAAUGAGGCCGGAGCAGGCAAAUGCACCUUCCAGGUUACAGGCAAGGCCUAUCCUGUGGAGUUUUACUAUGACACCUACAGCCCUCUGUGGCAGAACAGGCCCAGAGUAUAUGGCUUCAAGCUCCAGUGGACCCAAAUGAACCCCAACGCCGUGGACCGCAUUGUCGCCUACAGACUAGGCAUCAGACAGGUGGGGUUGGAUCGCUGGUGGGAGCAAGAGAUCCCUGUAGAUGGAGCAAUCAACAAAGGAGAGCUCAUGACACACAACCUGACUGAGCUCAUAAAGCCUGAAUCCUACGAGGUUCGCCUCACUCCCAUCACACGUUUCGGAGAGGGUGACUCCACCGUCCGGAUUGUCACAUACAGCGCUCCCAUCAACCCUCACCUGAGAGAGUUCCACUGCAGCUUUGAGGAGGAGCCCAUCUGCAUGUUCACCCAGGACAAGAAUGAUGAUUUUGAUUGGACGCGGCACAGCGCCGCUACCCGUGAUACCAAGUAUACGCCCAACACCGGGCCCAGUGGUGACCGCAGUGGUUCUAAGCAGGGUUUCUACAUGUACAUUGAGACAUCAAGACCACGGAAGGAAGGGGACCAGGCGCGGCUUGUUAGUCCGUUUUUCAACGUAGCACCUAAAAACCCUUACGGUAUCACCAACCCACCAGCCUACUGCUUCAGCUUCUUCUACCACAUGUAUGGAAAACACAUAGGAACGCUAAACGCUCUCCUAAAACAAAAAGGUCAAACGACCUCCGAAGGUCCUGCGUGGUCACUAAAUGGUAACCAAGGUGACCGCUGGAAGCAGGCAAAAGUAAGCAUCCAUCCGACAGCAUCCUUCCAGGUGGUACUCGAAGGUAUCCGGGGACCAGGCAUCGAGGGAGACAUCGCCAUCGAUGAUGUCACGCUGGAGGAAGGGGAGUGUCGAGACCCACCGCCCAAUCUCAGCUCAGAGGCUCCGCCCACAUGCUCCCAUAUAUGGCUGCUAUGCGUCACCUUGGUGAUGACCCUCCUGGAAGGUCAGAGGUGACCCUUCUCUCUGUCAUCUCAGAGGCAAAUAUUCAGACCCACCGUCUGUGAACUAUACCCUCGGCAUCCAAUCACCAAAGAUUCAUGCAUCGUGAAAGCAGCAGGGGUCCUCUGACAGACCACAGAGGGGCCAGAAUUACUGAAAGAGAGAAAAAAAUCAUGAUAAAAAAAAAGUUACUCAAAAAGUAAUAAAGAAGAUGCGCUAAUUUUUUUUAAAGAGACCUCUUUUACAAAAAACACUCCUCGGUGCAGGACUCUGGACAUCUUAACGAGCACAAAGACAGUCGUGCGAUGAGUGAGCCUGGACUUUGGCAUAAGAGUUCACAAGCGUCGAGGGGAGGACAGUUUGUAAAGCACAAGAACAAUUUUAUGAAGUUAUGAAAAUAUCUUGAGAAGGCGGCGGAAUAUAGUCAGUGCUGACUUUUUGAAUAGGAUAUAACAAUUUCCUGCUUACAAAUACAUGGAAUCAGACCUUUCUCUGUGUAUCUUUAUCUUCAUUUUUUCGCACCAGAUGCCAAUCACCGACACUUGUUUUUCCCUCCAGCCUCACGUCACACCUUGACAUUUCUUUAUCUGCUCGGUGCUGUACUGUAGGAAAACAAGGACUUUGGCAACGUGAGUUGUGUCUGCGUACUCCCCUGUAGCUGCCUACGUAUCUCUUAACACUGUGCUCACGAGUCCAAGUGACCAACCGACGGUAUGGUGGCAGAACAUUGAAUGCAGAAGAAUCAGCAGAGGUGUAGACAGCUGGACUGGAGGUUUGGGGAGAGAAGUCGAAGCUCAGGAGCUGAAAUGAGAGGGAGAGGUGGAAGGAGAGCAGAGAGUGGGGAUGUUGAGGGGUGGAAGAGUGGAGGAAGAGGAGGAACAGGCAGAGAGUAGAGAAUGGUCCGAUUAGUGAGGCCUGACUCGAAUAUUCAGUCGGCGGUCCGCCUGUGGAACAGAAGCCACUUUACUUUCUGCCAUGAAACAAAGUGCCUUCAGAUUACAAACCGAAUCGUGAGCCUGGGUGUUAAUCAACAUCGAACACAUCUCUGUUCAUGUUUCCUCUGAUGGGCUAUUUUCUACAAGUUUCUUUUGCCCCACAAGUGCUGAUGGGAGGGCAUGCGUGUUCAGAAUGAGUAUGGGGUUGUGCUCCACCCGGAUAAACUCCUGAUGGGACAGUUGCCUGUGUGUGUGUGUGUGUGUGUGUGUGUGUGUGUGUGUGUUUGUUUGUGUGUGUGCAUGCGCCUAUGCCUAUGCAUAGUUCAAUGUGAGGGCAGCUGACCAGGCAGUGCUGGCAGACAUGGUUUGGAAACAAUUUGGAUAAAAACAGCGGCAAGAGAGAAAGUGAGGCUCUGGAGCUUUUUUGCGGAAAGAAAAUAUCAUACAGGAGGACAGAGACACUUUGUCGAAUGAAUAACCCACUCUCUCUUCCCAUAAUUUUCCUUCCCUGCGGGCAAGCAUUUUUUAACAAAAGAACAACUGCUGAAUAAAACAUUGCGUUGUACAGGGAGGAGAGUAAUGGAGAGUGUAGGAACUUUGGGCCUGCAUUCUCUUCAUUAGGGUGAUCUGCCUCGCCCCUAUCCUCCACCAUUUAUAUGGAACAAUAUGAGAAUAAAAGAUAAUAAUGACCAUAAUAAUAGUCAUGAUAUUUUAUUACUCUAGCGAGAAUGUUUCUCUGCUUUUACACAAACUGUGAAGAUUGACUUUGGAAGAUCUACCUGAGACCAUAACCUUAACCAGCGGGGUUUUUAAAAAAUGUAUUGUAAAAAAGAGAAAAUAAGAAAAUGAAAAAUUCCGUUCAUUGUUGGUUAUGACAACUGUUUUGAGGACUUGUGUCUUGUUUCUUAUUUUUCUGUUGAAGAUGACUUAACUUGCUUUCUCUUCUUGUUGUCUCCCUUUGCAUUGCUUCAGUAUCCAAGCUGAUGGAACCAUAAGAAGUAAACUGUAAAACUUGUAAAUGUUAAAGAAGCUCUAUUCAAAAGGUUUAUGAUAAAUGUUUUAUGUUGGAGUACAGGAAGCACAACAUACAGUUUAAGGUCUCAACAUAAGAAAUCCAUUUUAUAUUUCUCCGCACAUACAUGACCUACUCCUUCCAAAACAAGUCCACAUUUAACAGCAAACUGAUUAUUUUUUACUUGUUACAUUCAUAUUUAUAGUGCAACCAGAAAACUAAAGGGCACAAAUGGAACCCAGUCAAGAGUACAAAUGAAGUCUUCAUGAAUGCAGACUGGUUCAGAUUGGUGUUGUGGUUGUUCAGCAUAUGUAGCCUCUUCUGUGAAAGCCUAGGAAGGUUGGUCUGAGUGGGUCAUGUACAUGUGUGAGCAUAAAGCUGUGUACAAUAGGUGUGAUAAGAAACUAAUACAUGUAAAGAAGAUAAAUAUGCUAAGCAAAAUAGAGCAGAAUGAUGAGCAUUUCAGGGCAUCUUUAAAAUACCAUUACGGUCUGUAUGAUGUUAUUACAGAGCGAUAAUCACAGCUAUUUUCUGCUAUUCUUUUUGUUUCCUUUUCAUUUUUUCUGUUUGUAUUUCCAUAAAGCCCAGAUCACAAUGAAUGUAAAUGGAGUUCUUUUCUUACAGUCUUACUAGAUGUACGGUUUUACUAAAACAUGUUUUUUUUUUGUGUGCUUUUGAUGACGAGAACUUUCAAAGGUUGUUUGGGACAUGUCAAGAACAUCAACAUUGUCGCCUGACUUUGACACACACUUUGACGCAGUUUCCAAAAAUACAAGCUCAGAUAAAAUACCCAUUAGCUAGUUGGGAUGUCCUCCUGAAAGGAAGUAAUGAAAAGUGCCAAAGUGCCCCGUGCAGUCGUCACUCUUAUGGUGUGGAUGGAUAUGAGUUCCUUAAGAUGAAAUCAAUAAGAUUUGGUAACUGUUCCUUUUACGGCCACCCUGAGCACCUGGUCGAUUCUCAGCUUCGUCUCCAAGUACAUGAAUGAUUCAAAAUGACGGCUUGAUUUAAAUGAAAGAAUGCCUUUGGGAUCACUAAUGUCGAGGUCAAAAGUUUUAAAUAAAUGGUUCUACAUUUUGGGAAAUGAACUAAUUUGCUUUCUUGCUCAGCACAAAGACAGGACUUUGACAAAGAAAACGGGAAACUGUGAGAUUGGCUCUGUCCGAAGGUUACAAAAUCCAUCUGCCAGCACCUCCAAAGCUCACAAAUUAUCACCUUAUGUUUUACUUGCUUAAUUUAAUUUAAUACAAAACCUGAAGUACAAAAAGUAGUGGUGUAACUGGGGAUUGUCACCAUGAGCUUGCCAGAUAACCAGCAGGGACUUCAGGAAGUCUGUUUUUCAGUCUUUAUGCUAAGCUAACUAGCUGCAGGCCAUUAUUUACUGUGCAGACAUGAGAGGGGUAUCGAUGUUCUGAGCCUACUCUCAGCAAAAAAAGUGUUUAAAAAACAGACUGGGUUUAAAAAUUUGAACUACGUAUUCGUCAUACUGUGAAAUUAGUUUUUUGUACGUUGGCAUUAUAUCAGCAUUAGCCUCUUAAAAAACUAUAGCAGACCUGGUUUUUAUCCUACUGUUGUGGUGUAAACUCUGAGUACAUUCAUACAUAUCUCCAACAUUUUCUGGGACAGCAAAAGAAGUCAUUGUUUGUUUUUCUGGUAUUCCAACGCCCACCAUAUCUUCUAUUUCCAUUUCUGUGCGAUGUUCCAGCAUGUGUCAGCCUCUGCCCUUUGUGUAUACGGGAGAUGUGAGAAGCUUGCACACUCAGCCCUGCUCUAUUUAUUGAUAAAAGUCCUCUAAGCCACUUCAAUGUACAAUUGAAGCGGAUUAACAGUUUUUGAAUAUGUAAACAACGUUGUGUUUAAUGACUUUAUUUUGAUGAUUAGAGGCUUCUGUACUAGUGGAAAGUGCGAAGUGUUCAUACACUAACGUGGUAAAUUGGGUUUGAUGUAUUAGAAGCUUCUGAUUAGUUUGGGUGCUAAAUGUGUCCAUGUGUGCCGAGUGUUUAAUCACUGGGCCCAAGAUGCAUGCAUGCAUGCGUGCGUGCGUGCGUGCUUGCGAUUCUCUCAGCAGCCACUUUGGUUUGACACUCGUGCAAGUGUGUGCAGUUGUGGUGAAGUUUAAUAUGGUUACAAAAAUAAAAUGACAGUAUAUAUUUUUCUCUUUUCUUCAUGGUAGACCGCUCAGGAAAUCAAUUACGUUCGGUAUGUUUCACAUCAGCAUCGCAUUUAAUCGUUUCUAUUAAAUUCUUCUUGCGAGAAUUGGGAUGUUUAAACUACUGAAAUUGAAUACAACUGUCUGGUAAUGAAUACUACGUUCUCAAGUGCAGCUAAGCAUUGGUGCAGGCAGAGCACUGAAGUCACUACGUUAGCUGAUUGGCAUCAGCUGUUUCGCAGCUGCUUCACAAUCAUUUGCUUAAUCACGUGCUGCCUAGUAAAGUCCAAUCAUAUUUCUGCAGGUGUAACGCACGGCCAUUGUAGCCAGAUACCUGGCACUAUUAUUUCUGCUGAGUCACCUAUGUGAAUGUUGUUUGCUGCCACUGCUCCCUCUGUCACCCGAACUUCCACCUUA